AUGCUGGCUCUCCGACUCUGCACUGUCGUCAGUGCCUUUCUCCUCUUCUUUUAUAAAGUUGAUGGGAGCGAUGCGGACGAGCCUCAAACACCACCAGUAACAACAACGAUAACAUAUGCUGUCAAACUGGGAGAAGAUGGCACAUGCCUCUCCGAGAUAAACGCUGCUCGUAAGAAAGCCGGCUUCAAUGAUUUCGUAAUACCUCAAGCGGAGGCGAAGGACAAAAGACUGCCUGACAAAGCAGAGCCAGAUCCCCAGAAGUAUGACGAAUGGGUCUGGAAGCCCGUUUGCGCAGCCUUGAUUAAAGAGGAAGCAGGAGAAGGGAAAUCUGAUGAAGUUUCUAAAAACUUCGGGAGCGGCACAUACGCAUACCAUGCUGUCGAUGAUGCUGAGAGACAGGCCGAUCAAGAAGUUGAAACAGAGACAGAAGAAGGCUCUGCUUUGAUUUGCAUGACGACGCCUGACGUUCUUCCAGCGGGAAAUGGAACUGCUCCAUUCACAGAGGAGCAGUGGGGCCGAAUCGUCAACGCCAUUGAAAAUUCCGCUUCGGCUCUCUUACCCGGUCUUCUCAGCCUUGCUGCAGUAGCGCUUGGCCUCGUGGCGACGAUGUGA